UGCAAACAGAGAAGCCAGCUGGUUGCAGAAGGCGGGGAUUGGCUUGCAGAGCGCAAGUCACCAGGUAGGAGCAUUUUUUUGGGGUGUUGGCAUGCUCAGCGCUGCAGAUCCACUGGAUCCCAGCAGGAUCCCGGGAUCUCCUGGGGGGAAUCCAAGGAGAAAGCCCCCGGAGCCUUUUGCUGGCUGCAGGGAGGGAGCCUGCCAUGCCCAGGCGCGCAGCCGAGCCAAGCGGGUGCCCUCGGCCUUUGGCUCCCGGGUCCUCCGGGGACUUCCUUUGGUUUGGGCACUUGCAGAUUCGCAGCAGCUGCCAGAUCCAAGAGGGGCAUCCUCCUCCCCGGGCUCAGCUGGCAACGAUGAGUGUGGGCUGCCAGCCUGUGCAGGAGGCGGAGGAGGUCGUGCCCAGCUGGCAGCAGCCUACAGAGUUAGACCGUGUGGGUCCACCUAGCUCAGGGCCGCCGCCUCUGACCGGCAGCAUUUCAGGCAGGGGAGUCUCCACACACCCCCAAACCUGGACAUACUACAGGAAUUCGAACUCAGAACCUUCCACAUGCUAAGCAACCGCUGCCACCAACCUUCCCAUAUAAUAAUAUAAUAUAAUAUAAUAUAAUAUAAUAUAAUAUAAUAGGAAGCAGCCUUAUGCAGAGCCAUAUCAUUCUCCGCUGAGUUCAGUAUUGUCUGCACUGACUGGCAGCAGCGCCGGAGCUUCAUGCAGGAUGCUGUGUAUCUGCCACAAAUUAAAAAGGCCCUGCCCAAAGCAGAUUGUCCUUAGAGCUGGGAAACGGUGGAGGUGUCCUCUUGCUCGCGCUUUCAACUUUUCUGCCCCAGGUCUUCAGUUGCUCUGACAGCCAUCAAUUCAGCCCGUCAAGCCAUUCCUUCCCCUUGUUUCUUCUCCGCAGUGGUGGAGAAAAAAGUCUCGCUCCUUGUGGCUGCCCCAGGGGGAUUUUGAGCCGGGCUGCUAAGAGGCUAUAUGGGAAUGAAGUCUUGUGUACAGAUUAAGGGGAGUCAUAUCCCCGCUCUCUUCUGCCUUGGCCGGCCCCACCGGGAGUCCUCUGUCUCGUUCUGGGUACCACAGUUUAAGGAUGGGUUGGACAAGCAGAGAUGAUCAAGACUUCAAGAGGAAUGUUUAAAGGAGCUGGGGAUGUUUUAUCUUAAACGGCCUCGGUCCUGUAUACCUGAAGGAGCAUCUCCACCCCCAUCGUUCUGCCCGGACACUGAGGUCCAGCUCUGAGGGCCUUCUGGCGGUUCCCUCACUGCAAGAAAUGAGGUUACAGGGAACCAGGCAGAGGGCCUUCUCGGUGGUGGUGCCCGUCCUGUGGAAUGCCCUUGCACCAGAUGUGAAGGAAAUAAGCAGCUAUCCUAUCUUUAAAAGACAUCUGAAAGCAGCCCGGUUUAGGGAAGUUUUUAAUAUUUAAUGCUGUAUUGUUUUUAACACUCAAUUGGGAGCCGUGUUAAUAAUAAAUUAUUAUUAUUAUUAUUAUUAUUAGACGGAGAGGAGAUAAGAGAGCCACCUUUCAAUAUCUGAAGGGCUGUGGCAUGGAAAAUGGAGCUAGCUUGUUUUCUCCUGCUCCAGAGGGUAGGACUCGAACCCAUAGAGGUUUCUAAACAGAGGUUGGAUGGCCAUCUGUCAUGGAUGCUUGAGCUGAGAUUCCUACGUGGCAGAGGGGUUGGACUAGAUGACCCUCAGGGUCCCUCCCAACAUAAUAAUAAUAAUAAUAAUAAUAAUAAUAAUAAUAAUAAUAAUUUAUUUAUACCCCACCCAUCUGGCUGGGUUUCCCCAGCCACUCUGGGUGGCUUCCAACAAAUUAAAAUACAGUGGUCUGUUAAGCAUUGCAUUUGAUUAUAUGAUGCAUAUUUUGCCUGUGGUUAUAGAGGUACCUCACGGGGGUUGCCGCUUCCCCUCCCUAGACGGAGGCGCUGUGACUUCGGACAGCUGCAGGACAAGGAGGACUCGAACAGGUGGAGCUUUCUCCAUGGGGGGGGGGACAUGCACCUGUCGUGCUUGACAGCUGGCCAGAUUUUUAUUUGUUUAUCUUGCUGCCUUGGUCACUUGCAGAGGUGGAGGGUGCAGAGACACAGAAAUGGCUGUCGUUGUGCCAGCAUUGGGCACUAAGGUCCACAAAGGGUCUCUCCAACUAUGAUUCCUGGCCCAGAGGUGGUUGCUGGACCUUUAAUUUUAUAUAUAUAUAAAUAAUGAUUCCAUUUUAUCGAUAUAACCCAAAUAACAAAAUAGAACUUUAUGGGAUAAACACAUGAAAACCAAACCACAACCAAGCCAGGGCCGUCAUGGGAUGUUACAUUUACAAGAAGAAGUUAUAAAGCUGGUUACCUGGAUAUUUGCCAUGAGAUGCAGACAGGUAAGUGGAAAAUAACCGUCAUAGGAAAUGAGAGAGAACAAGAGUUGGGGCACACCUGAUAUAAAAACAUGAAACUUUAAAAGCGAUCUUUAGAGACAUAAGGAGCACCAAGAAGAAAAGGCUUUAUAUUACACCAGGACCAACCAAUCAACCAAUUUGAUGUUACUUAUUCCAAAUUUCUUGAGAGAUUUGUGGAAGAGAAAAUGCAUUUUCCUUCCUUCCUUAAAAUCCCACCAAACAGAGACAAAAGAGGUUACCUUUGUUGUGCCUUUCAAAAAAAUAGGUGUACCACCAGGUAAGUUUUUCAUGUAAUGCAAUUUUCCAUAUCUUAUUCCACCAUUAAUGAGUUGUUGAGAUCAGGCAAUGUUUUCCAUCUUUGGAUAAUGAAGAGACUCCUAUUCCUUUAACAUUAGGAUCGUAAGGAAAGGAACUGAAACUAAAACUGCCAAUAUAGUAAUGCUGUUAAACAUAUCUGUGGUGUGGCUGCAAUGGGAGCACUGGGUAGGGUUCUGGUUGCUUCGCCUCAAAAAUGAUGUUAUAGAGUUGGGAAAGUGUUCAGGAAAGGGCAAAGGAAUAGAUCGAGGGGAUGGAGCGACUCUCCGGUGAGGAAAGGGUGCGGCGUUUGGUUUGAGUUUAGGGGAAAGGUGAGGAAGAGUCAACAUACUAGAAGUUUGUAAAAUUACUCCUGGCAAGGAGAAACUGGAUAGAGAAAAGAGAGGGGGGAAGGAUGUCGAUUUUUGAAAUGUCAGAUUGAUUGUAAAACUAAUGAAAUGUAUAAAUUUGAAAAGUAUAAAUAAAAAACUAACACUAGAAGUUGUGGACAUACAGUGGAGCUGAAUGUUGGAAGAUUCAGAACGUAGAAAAGGAAGGACUUAUCCAUGCACUUCAUCGUUAAACUGUGGAACUCCUUGCCACAGGAGGCAAUGGUGGCCACCAGCCUGCAUAGCUUUAAAAGAGGACUGGACAAGUUCAAUGGGGGAGAAUUUGCUAUGAGAGCUGACGUGGUCCAUCCAAUGGACAGGCCUAUAUGGACAGGCCUAACGUCCUCUUCCUCGUCGUACUUUGCCAUUCUGGUUCUUUGUGGCAUUCCGGGUUUCAAAGCCCAGCAUCCUGGAGCUCCUGCCUCCUGGGGGAGGACGGUUGCUGGCUGCUCUCCCUUGAAAUCCUCGUUGGUUUAUGAUGUUCUGCGGUUGCUUCUCCCAACCGCGCAAGAGACGGUGGGCUGCCUCUUCCUCCCAAAUUAAUGGCUGUUCCUGCAUUUUCCAGGCUUCUCAGAGCCGGGAAGGAUGGAGGAGAGGAGAAAGAAUGGUGGCCUCCUGCGUAAGAGGGAUUCUGGAGAAAACGAAGCGUCCUGGAACGUCAGCUCAGGUUUGUGUUGUCCUCCAAGAUGUGGGGAGCCCCCAUGCCCAGCGGGGAGGCAAGUUACCCAUUUUAUUUGGGGUCACGCUCCCUCUGAAGGAGCAAGUGCAUAGCUUGGAGGUUCUCCUGGGUACACAUCUGUCUCUGGAAACCCAAGUACUGUUUUUGGGGGACAGGGGAUGGGCGGGUGUGGAGGACUCCCUGGUCCUGAAUGGGGUAACUGUGCCCCUGAAGGACCAGGUGCGCAGCCUGGGAGUCAUUUUGGACUCACAGCUUUCCGUGGAGGCGCAGGUCAAGUCUGUGUCCAGGACAGCUGUCUGCCAGCUCCAUCUGGUAGUUAUGUCUCGCUUGGACUACUGCAAUGCGCUCUACGUGGGGCCACCGUUGAAGGUGACCCGGAAACUACAACUAAUGCAGAAUGCGGCAGCUAGAGUGGUGACUGGAACCAGCCAGAGGGCCUUCUCGGUGAUGGCUCCCACCCUGUGGAACGCCCUCCCAUCAGAUGUCAAGGAAAUAAACCAACUAUCUGACUUUUGGAAGACAUCUGAAGGCAGCCCUGUUUAGGGAAGCUUUUAAUGUUUGAUUCUGUUUUUAAUAUUCUGCUGGGAACCGCCCAGAUAGGCGGAGUAUAAGUAAAUAAUAUUAUUAAUAAUAAUUUAUUUCUAUCUUGCAGUGGGUUGGUCUAGAUGACCCUAGGGGGUCUCUUCCAACUCUGCGAUUCUAUGAUCCUCUCCAGAAUCUUCCAUUCAGUUCCAUUGGAUGUGCAUGAGCUCUAGUGCAAUGAGAAAGGGAGAGAAACCUUUUAUCGUUUCUUCACCCCGUGCCUCAUUUUUUAAACUCCACAAAUGUUUCAUCCUUUCUUCAUUGGGGAGUUGCUCCUUAAUCCUCUGACUUGCCCUUUCCUGCACAUUUUUAAUCUCCACCGUUUAUUUUCUCCCGCAAGUGUGUUUCCAGCCCAGAUCUCCUGAUGCCACAAGGCAAUUAUUCCUUUUUAUUUUUAUUUACUUUUAUUCUUAUUCCUUUUUAUUUUAUUUUUAUUCCUUCGAAAGGACAACCACCAACCUCUGACUAUUAUUUCCCUUUUGUCUUCCAGAAGUCCUCCGCACGACCAGAUAUACCGAAGAGGGAAGUUGUCCAGAAGAAGAGGCCAAGAAACCAAACGGAACCAGUGACAGGAAGCGGGCAGCGAAAGGCGCCAUUUUUCAGUGCACCAGCCGGAGAAGGAGUUUCCCUCGAUGGCACAGACUGGCAGCGAGGAACCAGAAGAUGCCCCCAGUGGAGGAGGAGGAAGAAGACGAGCCCAACUCCGGAGGAAGCAGGGGCUUGCGCACCAGCGGCGCAGGAAGAGCGGACUUGGCGGGUGAAGAGCUGCACAGCGCUGUCCGAGUUGGGGAGGGCAAAGCGACCCAGAGAACGGGUACCGCGGAAGGAGACUUCACCUGCGCGGAGUGUGGGAAAGGCUUUGCCUGGCGGUCGUCGCUGAACACCCACCAGCGCACCCACACCGGGGAUAAGCCCUUCGGGUGCCAGGCGUGCGGGAGGCGCUUCAGCCAGAGGCCCAACCUGUUGUGCCACCUGCGCCACCACACCGGGGAGCAGCCCUUCCAGUGCGCCAGGUGCAAGCGCCGCUUCUGCCAGAAGCAGCACCUCGCCAGGCACCAGCGGACCCACUUCCGGGGGCGGCCAAGCCCAAGCGCCUGCCCCGAGUGCCAGCGGAGCUUCAGCAACAAGGCGGUUCUGCGCCUCCACCGCCGGGUCCACGCCCGCCAACGCCGGCUGGUUUUCCAGGAGCUGAAGGAGGCCUACCGGGAGACGGUGGCAAGGCAGCGGGAGGAGGCGCGGGCCGGCCUGGGCUGGGCGCCGGCGCGGCCCACGGGGCGCCGUCGGGGGGUGAAGAAGUUCAUCUGCAGCGAGUGCGGCAAAGGCUUCACCUGGUGGUCCUCGCUGAGCAUCCACCAGCGCAUCCACACGGGCGAGAAGCCCUUUCCGUGCUCCCAGUGCGGGAAGAGCUUCACCCAGAAGCCCAACCUCCUGCGCCACCUCCGGUACCACAGCGGCGAGAGGCCUCACGCCUGCACCCAGUGCGGAAAAGGCUUCACCCAAAAGCAGCACCUGCUCAAGCACCAGCGGACCCACGCGGCGGAGAAGGGUUUCCAGUGCCAUGCCUGCGGGCAGACCUUCCCCACCAAGGGGAGCCUCACGGGGCACCAGAGGGCCGGCCACGCGCGAUCCGAGGCCCUGGCGGAGCGGGGCCCAGGGCGCUUCGCUCUGGGACACCCAGAGAGCUUGGAGGCGGUGGUGGAAUCGCUGGUGGCCGGCGGGCAGGGCCUUUUCUGCCCCACUGAGGUCUCUGGGCCGCAGGGCGACGACGGGCAGCCGGUCCUGAUCGUGGAGCCGGGGACUCGGCCGCUGGCUCUCUCGCAGACGAAGAAGGGGGUCUUCUGGAAGCCCGAGCUCCCCAAGCCCCCCACCCCGGAACAGAAGCAGUACAUCUGCAACGAGUGCGGGAAAGGCUUCGUGUCGUGGUCGGCUCUCACCAUCCACCGCCGGAUCCACACCGGCGAGAGGCCUUACCAGUGCGGCGAGUGCGGGAAGCGCUUCAGCCAGAAGCCCAACCUGGUCCGGCACCAGCGCUACCACACGGGGGAGAAGCCCUACCCCUGCGCUGAGUGCGGGAAGCGCUUCGUCCAAAAGCACCACCUCACCAAGCAUCAGCGGGUGCACAGGAAGGGCGCCCCGCAAGGGCCGGCCCCCGCUCUGAAGGUGGAGGCGCGAUAGGGACCGCCGGCUCCGGGGUUCGUUGCCAAAACUUGCCUUUCUUGCAGGCCAGGACAAAGUGUGUGUGUGUGUGUGUGUGUGUGUGUGUGUGUGUGUGUCCUGUCUGUCCGUCCGUCUGUUCUGCUCAAGUGUAAUCUUCCUCUUUGCAUUUGUGCUUUGCAAGAGUGGGAUCUUGCUGCGGGAUCUGCUGCACCACAGGGGUCAGCAAACUUUAUCAGCAGGGGGCCGGUCCACCGUCCCUCAGACCUUGUGGGGGGCCGGACUAUGCCUCACAAAUAACCCAGAGAUACAUUUUAAAUAAAAGGACACCUUCUACUCAUAUAAAAACAUCAGGCAGGCCCCACAAAUAAGCAGAGAUGCAUUUUAAAUAAAAGGGCACAUUCUACUCAUGUAAAAACACACUGAUUCCCAGACCAUCUGCGGGCUGGACUGAGAAGGUGAUUGGGCCGGAUCCGGCCCCCAGGUCUUAGUUUGCCUACCCAUGCUGUGUUGGGAUACCAAGUCUGGGUAAAGGGCAACAACAUGGACUCAGCUGCUGCUCUUUUGCAAGUUUCCUCACCCCAGACUUAAGUCAAGAGCGUGUCAUUUGCAUAGGGGCUCCCAAAUAGUAGUCACAACAUUAAGCAGCCUGGGCGUCGUGCGAAAGAUUUGGACUACAACUCCCAUCAGCUUCCAGGUGUGUUGAGCUGUGUCAGUUAAUGGGAGUUGUACUCCCACACAUUCGUGGUUUGCGCAAAGGAGAAGCAUUGUAUGAGGAUGGGCAGGGCCUUCCUGGUGUUGGGACCUGAUGGGACCUCAGGGGUUGCCCUGUGUGCCUGAUGCAUGCAGAACGGAUAUGGUAUUGCUCAGUGUCCUUUUUCUGGGUGGUCAGAACAGGUCAAAAGAAGUUUCCUGGCUGAUGUGUGAGGUGUGAACUUAUUUCCUGGUGAGCUUGUCCGCAUAUCCCUGAACUUAGCUGAAGUAUGGAGGGGACAGCCACCUCAGGCCAGGCACCAGGGCACCACGUGUGGCCAACCAUGUCGAAUAUAGCUCACCAGGAGCUGGGUAACCGCUUCUGAUUGUCGAAUGUGUUGUGAUCCAUUAUGGCUGGGCUACAUUCAGUGUAGCACAGCCUUCAGCAACCUGGUGCCCUCUGAGGUAUUUUGGACUACAACUCCCAUCAGCCCCCAGACAGCACAGCAUGAUGGGAGUUGUAGUCCAAAGCAUUUAAUAGGGAACCAAGCGGGAAAAGACGGCAAGGCUGUUAAAUGUUCCUUUUUAAAACUUGCCUCUUGCAUCCUUUCCACAUCCAGCAAAAGUUUGGAGUUAUCUCAUGACCUGGCGCUCCUAGUUUCUUAACAGACUCCAGACUUUGCCCGGCUCCUCUCAUUGCCGACCCCACAGAGACCCCCUUCCGGAAGGAUGCAAGGUUUCUUCCAAACCUUAGGGCAGAGUCUUCAGUGCCCAUCAAGUGUUAAAUUUCUAAAGAUUGGAAAUAAAUCUUAACAAUGUGCUCGUUUCAGGCCUGCGGAGAGGACCGACGUUCUUCCACUCCUGCUCAUUCAGACAUAACCCCUUCAUUCUGUCAUGUGUGAAUCAGGGCCUCAAGUGCAUUUUCUGCAGGGAGACGGUCGUUCACUUGAGAGCGGGGCCUUUCCUUGGUGGGGUGGAG